AUGAUCAGUGCCUUUGGUCCUCCUCGUGCAUACAGCACAAGAUCAGUGGAGCGUGCUAUUGGCGAGUACUCUCGUGCCAUCAAAAGCAAUUUAGCAAUUGGUGUGAAUGCUGGAAACAUAAUGGUCAGGCUGGCUCAUACACAGCAAUUGUUGAAUGAUUCCGAUGGAGGCAAACAGAGAGGUGUUGUAUUAAAGUAUGAAGAUAUGUCUGCUGGUUGGCCAAUUACUAGCGAGGGCAAGCGUGCUAGUGCAGAUUCCAAUAUUAAGUUCUGGAGACCUUUAGGAUAUAAAACAAUUGAUGACAGUUUCGAAGACAUUUCUUGUCUUCCGAUUCUUAUUCAAGACUUUUAUAGAUCAAAGGGAGUUAAAUGCAGGACGAUUGAACUAGCUAUAAUAACUAGUUGCAAAGCUUUUAUUAAUGGCUGUGUGAUUGACUCCUCAUUUGCCCAAAAUACAUUAAGAGAGGUGCAUCACAUUUGUUUUCAGAUGCAAGUCGAUCUGUUUACAAAUGUACAUCGCCAAUAUACUCCCAUUGCAAAGGACUUCUUUGGAAAAGUAAUUCUUUUCUUUGAACAUGAGAAUUCUAUGGUAAAUGACCAGCUCAAACCAAAGGUAGUCCACCUAGCAGACGUCAAGGAGUUGGUUGGUCUUGUAAUGUCAGAUGCAACAGAUAGUACAACAACAACAACAACAACAACAACAACAACAACAACAACAAAGUAUAUAGUGUGGCCGGAACUUAACUGGGGCCCGAAAUUAAAUCUAAGUCAAUAUAGAGAUCUAUAA